AUGGGUGAUGAUAAAUGCAAAGAGCUUCGUGCAGCAUAUGACCAAUGUUUUCAAAUAUGACUGGAUACUGAAUAUUUCGCUGGAAAAGUCAAAGGGCCAAUGGUUCCUUGCGAAGAGCAGCUAAAAGUGUAUCAUGAGUGCCUCAAGACAGAUAAACACAGAGGAAAAUUCCUGAUAGACUUAGAAAAGUAUAAGCAAGAAUACCCAAUGCAUGAAGCAGCCCCUACGUCACAAAAUAAAUAA